ACAGCCUUCCGGUAAUCUUUCAGGGCUCUCGCAGGAAAACGGCCCCAUUUGGAAUUCCGCCAAAUCCUGUAACGAAUCCUUCAUCAUCGAGCAUCUCGCGCUUCAAAUUUCUCCCGUAAAAGCAUAACGAAUCGAGGAAUAAAUCCAGAACGAAGCAAAGGGAACUUUAUCGGUCGCAGAAAAGAAACGGUAAUUUCGCAGUGAAGGAAGAUGAUGCAGAUGCUGGGAUUCCGCGGGGGCUCGGGGUCCAAGGACACCAACACUUCAUCGGGUUCAACCAACGGAAGCGCUAACCCUAGCUCGGCUGCCCAUGGGCCGGCGAGGCCCCUCCGUCUCGUGUACUGCGACGAAAAGGGUAAGUUCGUCGUGGACGCAGAGGCCGUCGCUGCCCUUCAGCUCGUGAAAGGCCCUGUAGGCGUCGUCUCUGUCUGCGGGAGAGCUCGACAAGGCAAAAGCUUUAUUCUAAACCAGCUUCAUGGUAGGAGUAGUGGCUUCCAAGUAGCUUCCACUCAUCGACCGUGCACGAAGGGGCUAUGGAUGUGGAGUGCACCAUUGAAGCGAACAACUCUGGAUGGAACUGAGUACAACCUUUUAUUACUGGAUAGUGAAGGAAUUGAUGCUUUUGAUCAGACGGGAACUUACAGCAUUCAGAUAUUUUCUCUGGCUAUUCUUUUAUCAAGCAUGUUUAUCUAUAAUCAGAUGGGCGGUAUUGAUGAGGCUGCACUUGAUCGUUUAUCUCUAGUUACACAAAUGACUAAGCAUAUUCGUGUUCGGGCUUCUGGUGGGAGGAGUACAACAUCUGAGCUGGGACAGUUUUCUCCCGUCUUUGCCUGGUUGCUAAGGGACUUCUAUUUGGAUUUGGUCGAGGAGAACCAAAGAAUCACUCCGCGUGACUACCUAGAGCUGGCCUUGAGGCCUGUGCAAGGAGGAAAGGAUGUGUCAGCAAAAAAUGAGAUUCGGGAGUCCAUCCGUGCGCUCUUCCCUGAUAGAGAAUGCUUUGCUCUUGUGCGCCCUUUAAACAAUGAAAGUGAUCUUCAACGCUUGGACCAAAUUCCUCUUAAUAGAUUAAGACCAGAAUUUAGGUCUGGCUUGGAUGCUUUGGCAAAGUUUGUUUUUGAGAGAACCAGACCUAAACAAGUCGGAGCAACUGUUAUGACAGGUCCUAUUCUCGCUGGCAUCACACAGACAUUCGUGGAAGCCAUCAACAAGGGUGCUGUACCCACAAUAUCUUCCUCUUGGCAGAGUGUUGAAGAAGCAGAGUGCCGCCGAGCAUAUGACCAUGCUACUGAGGUUUACUUGUCUUCCUUCGACCGCACAAAACCAGCUGAUGAUGCCAUUCUUAGAGGAGAACAUGAAGUUGCUGUUCAGAAGGCACUUUCUGCUUUCACUUCUGGUGCUGUGGGAGCUGGCUCAGUCCGUUUAAAUUAUGAAAAACUUCUUCACAAUUUCUUUAGAAAGACUUUUGAGGAGUACACAAAGAAUGCUUUCCUCGAGGCGGAUAUGCACUGCUCUAGAAUUUUACAGACCAUGGAAUCAAAGCUACGUGCUGCAUGUCAAGUCCCUGAUGCAAAAGUUGAAAAUAUACUUCGGGUUUUGGAUGGUUUAGUUGCUGAUUAUAAAUCAUCCUGUUUUGGCCCUGGAAAAUGCGAAAAAUUGGUUUCCUUUGUACAGCACUGUUUGGAGGGGCCGAUCAAGGACCUUUUCAAAAAACAUUUGGAUAAAAUUGAAUCUGAAAGAACUGCUCUUAAGUUGAGAUGCGCUUCAAAUGAUGACAAAUUGGAAUUGCUGAAGAAGCAAGUGGAGUCGAACGAGAAGCACAGAGCCGACUAUUUAAAGCGUUACGAAGAUGCCAUCUCUGAUAAGAAAAGAAUUGCAGAAGAUUAUUCUAUUCACGUCACAAACCUGAAGAGUAAAUGCAGCACAUUGGAGGAGCGCUGUUUGAGUUUAUCCAAGUCUUUGGAGGUCAUUAAGGGCGAGUCUGGUGGCUGGAAAAUGAAAUAUGACCGCAUUUUAUUGGAACAAAAGGCAGAGGAAGAGAAAUUGAGGGCUGAGAUUGCUGCCUUAGAGACCAGGAGUACUGCUGCUGAAGGAAGAUUAGUCGCUGUCCGUGAACAGGCAAAUUCGGCUGAAGAAGAGGCGACGGAAUGGAGGCGGAAAUACGAGUUUGUUCUGGCUGAAGCUAAAGAAGCUCGUGAUAGAGCAGCGCAGGCAUUGGAGCAUUCAAAUAAAAAGGCGAGAGAGCGAGAAGAUGCUUUAAGAGCCGAAUUUUCAAAAAGACUAGUAGAAAAGGAUGUGGAAAUCAGAAAGCUGAAUGCCAAUAUUGAACAAGCUGAACUGCAGGCUAGCAGUUCAAUUUCUAGACUGGAGGCUGCUGAAUCAAGAGCUAAGAGCCAUGAAUUGGAAAAUAUAGCUUUGAACGAGAAGACUAACAGACUAACUAAGAUUCUAGAUUCCACAGAAACUAGAGCCCAAUCUCACGAGAAAGAAUGCAAACUGCUCGAGCAACAGAAGAAUCACUUUCAGGAGAAAUAUCUUUCCGAAUGCAAAAAUCUUGAUGCAGCUGAAAGAAGAAGCAAAGAUGCCGAGAACGAAGCCAAGAAAGCAAUAGAACUAGCUGACAUUGCUCGUGCCGAAGUUGCUGCCGCUCAAGAGGAAAAGAACGAGGCUCGUCGCUUGGCCAUGGAACGGCUCACAUUGAUUGAAAGAGCGCAGAGACAAGUCGAAAACCUGGAGCGAGAAAAAUCCACGUUAAUUGAAGAAGUAACGAGGCUGCGAUCGUGCGAGCUGGAGGCAACUUCGAAAGCGGAUUUGCUGGAGCGAAGACUCGAAGAGAGGGAGAGAGAAAUUGAGGAAUCGUUGAGCAGGAGCAAUGAGCAGAGGUCUAGUACAGUGCAUGUUCUCGAGUCUUUAUUGGCUACAGAGCGUGCCGCGCUAGCGGAGGCGAACAAUCGAGCAGAGGCUCUGUCGAUUCAGCUGCAAGCCACUCAGAGCAAGCUCGAUGCUCUGCAGCAGGAGCAUGCGUCCGUUCGGCUUAUGGAGACGGCGAUUGAUAGUCGGCUCAGGACGGCUCAGGGGAAACGUUUGAGGAUGGAUUAUUUCCCAGCCACGGAAUCAGUUCAGGAUAUGGAUAUUGAUGGCGAAACUCUUCGAGACAAAAAGCGAUCGAAGAGUACCUUAAGCCCGUCUAAUCUGGAGCGAGCUGAAGAUGGUGGAUCUGUUUAUGGUGGGGCUGAUGAUGAUGAUAACCGGAGUCAAAGAAAUCAGGAAACGGGAUCUGAGGAUUAUACAAAGCUUACUGUGGUUAAAUUGAAGCAGGAGCUUACAAAGCAUGGUUAUGGAGAGCAGCUGCUGCAGCUGAAGAAUCCUAUCAAGAAGGAUAUCUUAGCCUUGUACGCAAAACAUGUUCUAAAAAAAUAGCUUCUUUUUUUGCUGGAGAUCUUGCGGGUUUUACUGUUGCAUAUAAUGUAGGAUGUGUUGAUUGUGCAAAUUUAUGGCCUGGUGUUUGGUAUUUAUGAGUUUAGUCUCUCUGCAUUGCCAAAAUUAUAAUCUUGGGAAUAUCUUGCCGACAUGUCAAAUGUAUAAGAUCAUGAAUCUGAAAUUCACCAACAGUAAAUUUCUAUGUUGGCAGUUGUUAUUCUUUCUAAGAAAAAGGCAACUCCUUGCCAUGGGAGGGAAAGUAUUAGCUCAGAUUCUCAAUUUGAAUUAACAUGUUCAUCGUUGGCGACAGUCUUUAC